AAGAAAUAUACAAAAAGAAUGUAUAAGUCUAUUGUCAAUGGCCCUCUCUUUUCGACGAUCUUGUCAACUUCAGAUUGUCGGGGCAGGUUUUAAAUCCUAGCCAUGGUGCGUAUGAACGUAUUGAGCGAUGCUCUUAAAUCUAUCCACAAUGCUGAGAAGCGCGGCAAACGGCAAGUACUGAUAAGACCUUGCUCCAAAGUUAUAGUCAAGUUCCUGACAGUAAUGAUGAAGCAUGGUUAUAUUGGAGAGUUUGAAAUAGUAGAUGACCACAGAGCCGGCAAGAUUGUCGUGAACCUCACAGGCAGACUAAACAAAUGCGGAGUUAUUUCCCCUCGAUUUGAUGUACCUAUCAAUGAUAUUGAGAGAUGGACUAACCUCCUUCCAUCCCGGCAAUUCGGUUACCUUGUACUCACAACGAGUGGCGGUAUUAUGGAUCAUGAAGAAGCCAGAAGAAAACACCUUGGAGGAAAAAUCUUAGGCUUCUUUUUCUAAGUUUACACAUUACAUUUAAAAAUGUACUUUUUGAGUUUUAUUCCUAUAGCCUGUGACUUUGUCUACACUAACUUGUACUAAAAUUAGAAUCGGAGAGAAAUAAUGCAAGUA